AUGAAAACAUGUGAUUUUCUUGUUAUAGGAGGUGGUAGUGGGGGCAUUGCCGCCGCACGUAAAGCUGCGUCCUUAGGAGCAAAAACAAUUGUUAUUGAAGGCAAGCAUCUUGGUGGGACCUGCGUUAAUGUUGGCUGCGUGCCAAAAAAAAUCAUGUGGAAUAGCGCUAUAAUCGCAGAGACACUACACGACGCAAAAGAUUAUGGUUUUGACCAAAUAAGUCCAUCACCAAUCAAUUGGCUCCAUCUCAAACAACAACGAGAAACCUACAUUCACUACUUAAACAAUAUCUAUAAACGCAACCUUGACACUAGUAAUAUAGAAGUCUUGUCUGGUUGGGCACAUUUUACUGACAAUAAAACAGUACGUGUAAAUAAUACAACCAUUCACGCCGAGCAUAUCCUGAUAGCAACGGGUGGGAAGCCUCAGAAACCUAAUAUUCCUGGUAGUCAUUUAGGAUUAACAUCAGACGAUUUUUUUAAGCUAGAAAAACAACCAAAACGUAUAGCUAUUAUUGGUGCUGGCUAUAUUGCUGUUGAACUUGCUGGCAUCUUAACUGCUUUAGGAACGGACACGAACCUAAUCAUACGCCAUGAGUAUCCAUUACGUCAGUUUGAUAUAAGCUUACAGAAAGCAUUGAUAGAAAUGUUAACACAAUCUGGCACCCGGCUUUACAAAAAUACAAAACAAACUAGUAUAGAUAUUGAUAACAAAGGCCAUAUUCAAACAGAUGCAUAUCAAAAUACAACAGUAGCAGGUAUCUACGCAGUAGGAGACGUAACGGGACGCUUAGCCCUUACACCUGUUGCUAUUGCUGCAGGUCGUAAACUCGCAGACCGCUUAUUUGGAAGCAAACCCGAGGCAAAACUUGAUUACAACAAUAUUCCAACUGUCGUCUUUAGCCACCCUCCGAUAGGUACGGUUGGCUUUACAGAACAAGAAGCACAGCAACAAUACGGCAUCCAAAAUAUCAAAACGUAUCAAACACAAUUUACAAACCUUUAUCAUGCAUUAACAGAGAGAAAAACGACUACUGUUAUGAAACUAAUUGUUGUAGGUGAUCAAGAAAAAAUUGUAGGCAUCCAUGUUAUUGGCAUAGGUGCAGACGAAAUGAUUCAAGGAUUUGCAGUCGCGCUCAAAAUGGGUGCAACCAAAGCAGAUUUUGAUAACACGGUGGCUAUCCACCCCACAGCAGCUGAAGAAUUUGUCACACUAAAAUAA